CUGGGGGUUGAGCAGCAGCACAGAAGAAUUCUCGCUUUGGAGAAAGCUUCACGAGCAAUGACUUUCACACGGAAAUCUUUUAAUUCAUCCUUCGUGCCGUCAUAUGAUUUGUUCUUUUGUUACAAUAGCCUACCUUCGUUGUUUUAAGGGACAACCCUCUUCCACGUUGUAUUUUGACAUCAUAAUUUGUAUCUACGGAGAUUUUUGGAUCUAAACGAAUCGUUGACAAUGUAGUUAUAGAGGAAAACCCUGCACGGAGUAUUAGACUCAAUGUGCAUGAAUAUAGAUUAAAUUGGAAGAGAGUCACAGUUAAUUAACUGAUAUUCCUCGUUUUGGUUUGUCGGAAAACAUCUGUCUUAAUGAUGAGUUUAACCCACUGACUGCGGUGUUGUUUGGAUGCGGUGGUGUGUUAAAGAAGUACUUUUUAUCCAGAGCGGAAAAUGUAACGGUUUUGAAUGCUGUGUGUCCGUGUCGCCAUCACUUUUAGUCCUCCACUGCGCCAGGAUGGAGCGAUCGCCACGCUGGAGAUGACGCAAAUGACCCAGCUCUUUCCAAAAAAAAGUGCUUCAAGACGAACAUGGCGUCAACUUAACACAGGACCAAAGAUGAUUCUGACUGUCAACCGCAAAAGCCCGAGGCCAUCCGCCCAGAUCCGGUACAGGAAAUUCGGCGGGCCACAGCGCGGAGUUCUCGCCUUCCCUUAACGAACGCCGGUAGAGGGAGAGGAGGAGACGAAGAGGCGGCAUCCCAGCGACUCAUUCACGGUGGAGAGGAGAGGAGGAGAGCAGAGGAGAGGAGAGGAGAAGAGAGGAGAGGAGAAAAGAGGAGAGAGACAUGCUGGUGCGGAGGAGCUGGCUUUCCUCCCGAGUGCCACGAACUACGGGAAUAUGCCAGCGUGUGCUUCGUUUUCUUUCCAUGCAUUAAGUGAACCGGAAUAGCGACUCGACACAGAAAAACACAGAAGGAGAGAGAGAGAGAUAGAGACAGAGAGAGGAAGAGAGAGAGAUAGAGGCGCGUUUACAAGGGAAAAAUCCAUCUAGUACACCCCCCAAAGUCAAUGAAUAUUGUGGCAGAGGAGCCGUCGCGGUGGAGUCGGCCGGCGCCGCGCUUUCCUAAAAUAUGACCAGGGGUGCUCGGACGUGUCGGCAGCAACAUGACGGCUUAAACAUCCGCUCUGCACCCCGCCAGGACGAGAAGCCAUCCGCCGAUUCGGAACGGGCCCAGCGAUGGCGACUGCGCUUGGCCUCCUUCUUGUUUGCGAGCGUCCUGCUCGCUGAUCGCCUGUGGCUGUGCGCCGCGGCCGAACGGACGAGUGCUGAAGGCGAGCGACGGGACGCGGUGCCGUUCAGGGACACGGGGGAUCAGGAGUACCGAUCUUCUCACGGCACCACUGACUAUACUCAUCCUUUCGCAGGGAAUUCUAGCACACCUCUGUGGAGACUGGAAGCGUGCCACCCCGACAGCGUCUCCAAAAGCUGUUUCACGGUCGCGAACGCCGAGGCCGCGUGUUCGGGCCUCUCGGACGCCGAGUGGAAUCUGAGUGAUUUGUACCUGUCCUUUUGUGAUUCCUACUCCCUUUUGGAUUUGUUUUACGGGUUUUCGAGUCCGGACAACGUGAGCUGCAUCCACAAUAUGUCAGCGUGUUCCCGGUGCGUCCGGGCUUUCCAGCGCCUCGACCGGCUUGCUCAGGAUAGGUACCAUGAGUUUGAGCUCCUGGUUCAGAAAUACGAAACGGACGCGUAUUCGGUGCGGACAUGCAUGGAUGAAUGCACGACUGUCUACAAACACUGGCUGUGUUUCCAGUACUUCCAGACCACACAGAUGCAUUGCAGCAACAGGAUCCCAUGCAGACAGUAUUGCCUGGAGGUCCAGCAGAGGUGUCCCUUCAUAUUGCCUGACAAUGAUGAGUUAAUCUAUGGUGGAAGCCCUAGUUUUAUAUGCACAGGGCUCUUGGAAGAAAGCCCUUCAGACGUAGAAGCAGAGUGCUGUGACGUUCGAUGGGACAGCAAGUCUGACAACAGCUCCAAAGGGACUUACAAAAGAACUCACCCGUCAUGCCAGCAUGGGACGUCCCUGAGCUCGUCAGCAAACUCCAGACUGUGCAACAGCAGGCUCAAACUCUGCCUGCUAGUCCUGGUCCUGCUUCAUACUGUGGCCACAAUCACAGCCUCCCACAACCUCAGCACCAUGUCCUCCCUGGAGGAGAGUUCCACCAACGAGGAGUGACGAAGCAGACGGUCAUUACAGCCAGCAAACAUCAGGACUCAGUCCAGCUUCGGAUCAAAUGCAGUGCUUUCUGGGACUCCUAGUGCAGGACGGGAUUACUGUGGACAUGCAAUCAACAAAGCAAACAAACAGUCAGACAGGAAGACAGACCGACAGAUUCGCAAAACAUCAAAGAACACUGGACAAACUUAAUCCAAUGUCAUGAACAAGGGACAACACCACAGCCUUUUGUUGAAAGAGACCUCUCUAGGGUGGAGUUCUCUCACACCAUAUUUUUUACACUGUGUCAAAUGGUUUGGAUUUCAGUUGCACUAGAUGACUAUAGGAUCUCUUCAUGUUCUCGUUUUUCUUUUCAUUACUGGUCUUUGUGCAGGAAAGGAUGGGACACGAUGGGUUUUGUGUAUAUUAUCAAAAUGAAAUUAUGAGUGUGUGCAUGUGUGUGUGUAUGUGUGCAUAUCUGUGCCCAACCAUAUGCUUCAUAUAUGCUGCUCUGGCCAUCAUACAGAUUACUAUGGAGUCUAGAAAACAUACAAAAUCGACCUAAUUGAACGUCCAAAAUCCUCCAAUGAUUCGCUGAUCUAUUCUCUCUUACUAUAGUUGACUUCGCAUACAGCAGUUUUGCCAUUGCACUGUCACUGGGACAGUAGGUCAAGACUUUUUGAGGUUCCAGAUACAGUAUGUAUGAAAUUUACAGAAAAAAGCUAACUGGAAGUAGACGUGCUUGCUGAAAAAGCCUUAGUUAAAUUGUCAUUUUUGGAAUAUGAUUCAUGUUUACUCAACCUGCACAAAAGCAUACGCUCCCUAAGUCUGCUUUUUUUUUUUAACAGCGCCCUCAGUACUUUAUUUAUAUUGAUAUAUUCUCUAUUCUGUAUUCGGUAACUGCAUGUUAUUACUAAUGUUUAGACUAAACAGUCUAAAUUUUAUUAAUAAACCCAAACGGAAUGAAGACGUUCGUAGCGCAGUGCGUUUGAAGCAGAUUUUAAAGGACUCUCAAAAUGACUUCUGAUUUUAUUUGGAAUAUGGACAUAGCCAGAAAGAACAUAAAAAUACAAAACAAUCAAACGAGCAUCCAUUGCUUUGCUGAAUAUCUCGUAUCAUCCACACUAAAGGGCUUUUACAUUGUUUACACAUGCACACAUUCACACACUUCUGCGAUUCUUGCUUAGAGAGAGAAAUACAAAUACGGCAUGGACGGCUCAGCUGCAGUUUUAUUCCUAAAAUAGAUAUUAAUAAAAAAAUAUUUCUUGCUGCAUAGUUUUGACGAUCAACCACAUGGUCAUGCAGCUCCCUAUGGCCAGGUCCCUUAUAAGUGACCCAAAGAUAUGAGAGUUGUUAUUUUUCUGUCUUUCUUUUUUCUUUCUUUCUUUUUUUUUUUUUGACUGAGCAGGAGCAGAGGAGGAGAUGCUAAGGGCUGAUUUUCUGGGUUUUUUCCCCCUUUUUUCUACAGUAAUACUCUACAAAUAUGAGCUACAUUCAUAUUCAUAGUGGCUCAGAGACACAAUCAUGAUUAGCAUUUUAAGCGCAUGAGUGUUUGGAUUUGUACUUUUUGAUUAAUCUGAGUUACAGUGGAUAGCUUGGGCUCCAAACAGCAUUCUUAGGCCGGCGGCAGAGACAGGGUCAGUGACUUUCAUUCUGCAUCACAACCCAAAAUAUUCAAAUUGAACUAUAUUGCUUACUAGAAUGGAUUCGUUGGUUUCUUUUAUGUAUUCUUUAUAGAGCUGAGGAUUCAAGAUUUACGGUGUUCCUCCUUACAUUUGGGGUUAAAAAAAACAUGGUUCGAAACUACUGAUGUUCUAUAGAAAUAGAGAGUUUGUUCAUCUUUUCACAUACACAAUACCUUAAUAAGAUCGUUUUUAAAAGGAAACAAAUGGGUGGCAGAUGAAGUCGAUUAAAUCUUUGGUCUCAGUAGCCUCUAACCUUAUUGUACUUCUAAAAAGGUACUGAAUUUCUUUAUUCCAAAUAUUCCAAACAUUAAACUGCAUUGGGUUUGAAACUAAGAUUUUUCACUGCACAAGAGUCACACUGGCGUCGAAGAUGCUGAUUUAUUUUUGGAGAGUGAAUUAAUCGUGCAUUCACCAGACUUUUGGUUUGAUGGAAAAUGAAUACUAAAUGAGCUGAGACAGAAAUUAGCAAACAGUCACAACCUUCAAUUUCUUUCCAUCAAAUUUCAUUUCACUUCUUUGUCUCGUGAGAAUAAUAUGAUGUCCUAUGAAUCAAAGGACAUUUCAAAUCAAAACAAAGGACACAUAACACUUUGAAAUAUUUUGGAAAAUUAGAUAAUAUAAUAACGGCAUGUUGAAUACAGAGGUGUAUUUUAUUAGCAACUCAAAUUCUCGGUGAAGUGUGGGGACUGUGGGAAUUGAAAUUAAAAUAAAAAAAUGGUUAAAAAAAGACAUCCCUAGUUCGGUUUUAAAACCUUUCCAAACUGAGAAGCUCUCAGUUCUUUGCAGUUCACCAAUACAAAAGAAACUAAGCUCAGGAGUUAAAGUAAAUGAUUCAAAAUAACAAAUAUUGGUAGGAAAUGUACAUCAUUCAGGUGGCCGUGUAAGGCAUGGCAUGGCUUCGGUACAACAUGGAGUUGUCUAAUGAAUAAUUAAAAGAGACCACAGAGAGAUGGCCCUCCCGAGAUCUUAUUAGCCAACUCAUAACACCAGAGCCUCUUUUGAGACCACCUGCUAUGGAAUGGCACAGAGAGAGAGAGAGAGUGAGAGAGAGAGGAAUUAUUCACCCCAUACACCAUCUCUAGGCAAGCACACACAAACACACACACACAGCACAGAGCAGAUACACACUAAUCCACAAAUAAACAGUUCCAUCCCUUCCAUCUGGACCUGUCCGGAGAAGAGAAUAGAACAAGCAAGAAAAAGACUGAUGAGACAAUAAUAAGAAUGAUAAUAGGAAGGGAAGCCAUAGCAUAUAGUAGAUAGAAAAGAGAGACAUGCCCCCUUAAAAAUGUGUGGAAAAGUCCAAUGCGCCUGGCUAAACACUCAGCAGCAGAAGCACAUGACUGAAGUUGUGAAGUUGGACACACUCUCCUCUGGAAUCGUUCACCUACUCUGUGUGUACACUGUGUGUACAAUAAAUAUCAGGAAGAUAUGCCAAAACCACAAGUUUUGCAAUGUUACCCUAUAGGUUGUCAGUCAGCCGAACUUUCACGAGCACUGAGGUUGAGUGAGACAAAAUGGACAUCUAAAGUCAGCACCCCAUGUCACUGCAUCAGCAAACCAAAUCUGUGAAUAUCACUUUAAAUGCAGGAACCCAAAAUGAGUCUGAAACUCCUUGUACCAUUUCACAGCAUGUAUGCGUAUGUUUGUAUGGGUUCAGUUACUGUGCCUCAGUGACCCCCAAGAAUGAAUGUAACUGAUACCUGCUAAUAUUGCUAAAUACCACCAAACCUUCAAAUAAGAUGUAUUUUAUGCUUGCUCACAUGCAGUACAUGUGCAUUUUCAGCUAUAAAUACAACUAUGUAUGUACUGGAUCAUCACCAUGCAUCAGUUUCACUUGGCAAGCAGAAAUACUUUCUCCUCUCUCUCUCUCUCUCUCUCUCUCUCUCUCUCUCUCUCUCUCUCUCUCUCUCUCUCUCUCUCUCCUGUGGACCUAUGCAGCCCUGAACCUCAGUCAUUUUUCUGUUGUAAAUAUGUUAUAAGAAUGCCUAUUUAUGUGUGGGUCUAUUUCCUCUGGAGGUUUCCUUGCAUUCUGGGUUUAUGUCUUUUUUUUUUUAAUUCCUCUUUUGGAAGUGUCUGAAUUUUUAUUUUCAUUUUUGCUUUGUUUCGACUGAGAAUUAUUCUGAGUGGUGUGGUUUAACCAUAAGGACUAUCCUCUGAAUCACAACCUCAGCACCUGAUGGCUGUGAUUAUAAAUGGAAAAAAACAAAAAACAAAAAAAACAAAAGCAAAACAACACAAAACGUAUAAAAAGUUAAAAGGCAUAUAGAGGUUAAAAGGCAUAUAGAGAUAACAUUAAGACUAUGAUUAU